UUGCAAGAUUCAAUAAAGCUUGCUUUAUCUCUUCUUUAUGCGCAUUAUAAAACAAGAAUAUAUUAUUUUUAGUGUGUUUUGUUUCAAAUUCAUGUGAUUGUUCCCAACAAAAGAGAGCCUUCUUUCACGAUUUACAAUGAUGUUAAUCAUAACGGAAAUAAGAACAAUAAGCUCGCUGAUGCAGAACUUCAAACACUUGUCGUGUCGGGAAUUACGUUUUGACGUACAACGUAACGCACCAUGCGACACACAUUUAAUCAGCGAGGCGUGAUGUGCACAAAAUAAAUAAUCCAAAAGUGACUCAUAAAGCGAUGUGUUGGCUUUAAUAAGAAUAAGAAGUCAUAAAUUUUAUCUCGAAUUAGAAGGAAAGGGCAGGGAAAGAGAGAGCAAAGUCAUAUAACAAAUUUUUUGUUAUAUGACUUUGUUAUAUGACCCUAUGUAUUUUAUUUUGUAAUGUGUAUAUUUUUUUAAUUUUUAAAUGCAUAUGAAAGUAGCGUAAUAUGCAAAUACACGUAUACAGUAAUUGAUAAGCGACAUUACGCGAUAACUUUUAGUUUUUUUAGCAAUUGCGACUUUCUGAUCUGUUAAUCGACACGCUCGAAAUUUAUUUCUUUAAUCUCUCGUUACUCGUCUCUGCGCAAAUUUAGUUGCUGGGAGUAUCUUGCGAUAUUUCAUAUUUCACGUUAUCGCCGCUACGAUAUUGCAAUCUAACAUCAUUUGCAGGAAAACUGGUUUCUCAUAAAGCACACGCAAUCUCCCGAUGAUAAAUGAUUCCUACCUCUGAUGCCCCCAUUGCAUCUUUACCAGGGUGCCUGCAUAUAUUCAAAGUAGAUCGAGCAUUAUGCGGAACGAGCUAUCGAACCACUCAACAGCCAACACAUUAUCAAGCAGGUGCGUCGAGCACUGUGCAAAACACGCUUCGGCGUAAAGGAUGAGUGACCUUGCAUCUCUCCCCGCUAACGUCUCACCGCGGUCAUUCUCGUUGCCGUCGUCGUCAUUGUCGUCGUUGUCGUCGCAUCAUCGGCGGUCCGGGCACCGAUAAAAGAGAUCGGCAAACCAAUGCCCCGUUAGUAUCCGCGUGUUCCCCGCGGCGAGUGGGGCACGGUAAUACGUCUGAAGAGCUCUGCUUUCGAAGGAAAACCAGCUUCCAAACGUAACGACACGUUGGUGUCUGCACGGCAAAUUCGCGUUCGUCAAGUAAACAUCGGAAUCGCGCGAUUCUACAAGGUGAUUAAGUGAGAUUGAACUUGACCUAUAUCACGAGGACGCCGAAGUGCGUCGAAGCGGUAAAUUGAUCGAAACGAUCGCACUAAGGACUCUACGAGUACUCGUUGCACUUUCUCUCAGAUACUCGAAAAUAUGGCACGAGCGUGGUUGCUAUUUAGCAUUAUGACGUUAGGCAGUGGUCAGCUAAUCUACCCAGAUCAAAUCGAAAACAUGACAGAUGAUCAGGGUCGUUUCUCGGUAUCGCUACCUGUUAAUUAUAACGCUCCUACCUUGCAAACAAUCAGCAACAAUCAGCCCGUUCAAAUCGAUCAACAAUUCAAUCAAAGACCUGCACCUCAAUUCAGCCCUGUGAAACCAGCAGAAGGGCAACUUUAUUCUUCGACUCGCGUACCUUUGUACUCAUCAACGAGUCCGGCAACCAGUCCGGAAACUUGGAGCAAUCAUGUGACCAAUAUUAUAUCCAGGGGAAUCACAAAGUUUGCUUUGGAUUUGGAUAAAGCGAUUGUCAAAACUUCAGGCACAUCAGUGUCUAAUUAUCGUGAGAACGUGAUCUUUUCUCCGCUCAGCGUAUCCGUUGCCUUGUCUCUAGUCCUAUUGGGUUCCGCCGGCAAAACCUUCGACGAGGUCGCUCGGAUACUCGGCUUAGAGUCUGGUGUCGAUAUAUCUCAACACUCAGAGAUCGUUCAUCAGAUGUUCGGUCAACUUUUGGCCGUUAUGAAUUAUAGGAUUGAGGGUAGCAACGCGCCGCGCGUGAAUUCCGCCAGUGGCAUCUUCGUCCAGCAAGGAUAUCCAAUUCGACCCGAAUUUCGGGUGAUCAGCGAAAAUUCGUAUCAGAGCGAAGUGAUAAAUUUAGAUUUUCGGACAAAAGGCAGAGAAGCGCGGAACACAAUAAACGCUUGGGUGAAGCAACAAACAAUGGACAAAAUUGACACUAUACUGAACGAAGCGCCGGAUCCGUUGACUACUGUAAUUCUUUUAUCGGCACUCUACUUUAAGGGAGAAUGGAAUCAGCAUUUUUUGGGAGCUAUGACAAAGAGGAAACCAUUUUUUAUCGAACCAAAUAAUACAGUUGAGGUAGAUAUGAUGUAUAACGGCGGUAACUUUCCUUUCUACGAGGAUAAAUCGCUAGGCGUUAAAAUAUUGGCUUUGCCUUAUAAGGGUUUAGAGAUGUCUAUGUAUGUACUUUUGCCAAAAGCUGAAGGAGCUGCCGCAUUAAAGAACUUCCAGGACCAACUGACGCCCGAGACUAUUGAGGAUCUAAUAAACAACAUGAAGAACGAGACUUGCAUUGUUGCUUUGCCUCGUAUGAAACUCUCGAGCACAUUGAAUUUGAACGAGGCGCUUAAUAGUCUUGGCUUGUACUCAUUAUUCGAUCCGAAAACUGCAGAUUUAAGUCUUUUAUCGAACGGAUAUGGUCAAGCGCCGCUAGCAUCGUUUGCGCCAAUUCCACAACCAGUUCCUACGUCAAUACCGCAAGCACAAGCUGGGCCGAUCCCGCAACCAAUUCCUACGUCGAUAUCGCAAGCACAGGCUGGUCCGGUGCCGCAACCAUUUCCUACAUCGAUACCGCAAGCACAAGCUGCUAAGCCGAUUCCACAAUUAAUUCCUACAUCGAUUCCACAAGCAUCGGCGCAGGUACCACGACAAAUUUCUCCAGAGCAAUUACCCACCACCAAGUUCGACGAGGUUUUGAUUUUCUCGCGUACUGGGGAACACAAUAAUCAGGGCGUAAUCAACGGCGCAAGAAAGAAUUAUUUCACGUACGACGAUAAGGUACACGGCGUCAGUGUAGAGCAAUGGGACACGGGUUUCAAUAUCCGUAAGGUCGGUAGAGUACGUCGCGACACUCAGAACGGAAGACGACGUAACGAGUCAUCGCGUAUAGCGUACAUCACGGAGAACGACGACCUUGAGAAAGUCGAACCAAAAGUUGGCGAUGAGAUCACAAAACACGUGAGCUUGGAGGAGAAUAAGUAUCGCUUCCAAAAUCCCGAGAAACAUACGAAGAGCAGAAGGAGAAGACAGAGCCGACCAGUGGAUCAGAAUUUCUUGAGAUUUUUGCAGACUCAAAAUUUCCCCUUUUACGGUUUGGAUAAUCUGCGAAACAGCGCGAAUCUCGUCAAUCCGGGCCUGUAUGCUAACGAGGUGCUGCACAAAGUGGAGAUGGACGUGACAGAGAAGGGGACCGAGGCAGCGGCGACAACCGCGGUGCUUUUGCGUCGAGAUGGCAAUCAAAAGAAACUGAUUGCCAAUCGGCCUUUCAUGUUUUUCAUCAGACACGAUCCCACGAAGCUCAUCCUCUUCUGGGGAACAGUAAACAUGCCGACUCCAAGCUACGCCAUUGUCAGAUGAAAUGCGCUGUGAAUAUUUCUCGUAGAUAUACCGAAGUUCUUUUUCCUCGCAUAAUUCCUACUUAUUUGUAAUAUAUUUAUAUAUUCGUUUCUUGAUUCGAACAAAUACAAUUGUUUUUUUAUGCUUUUUUAUGUAUACAAUAUUUUGCACUACUGUAACGAUUAUCGCGACAAGAAUAAGCAUUACGUCAUUGCCACAUCCUCGUUUCAUUAUCUAUUUUUUUAUUUUACAUUUAUAACGCGUGUGCCUAAGCUUAUUAUCGCGUAAUAUGCUUACACUGUAAGUUAAGAUAAUGUUACAAUCGUACUCUUUAAGAAUAAAUAAAUACAAUGUUGCAUUUUAAUAACAUAACAACGAUUGAAUCAAUUUAGGAAAUAAAUAAGUUAAUAAGUGUGAUAACUUAAAAUUUACAGAAUUACGAAUAAAUUUCUGAUUAUGCAAUUAUGAUGAUGCUUUGAUAAUUUAAUA